CGGGACCGCGCGCAGGCGCGCACGGGGCCGCGCAGAUGGCCGCGCUGCCGCUGGGGCUGGGCGAGGUGCGGGAUGCGGAGCGGCGGCUGCGGGGCCGCGUCCAUCGCACCCCGCUGCUCACCUGCGCCGGGCUGGACCGCAUGGCCGGCAGGAGGCUGCUCUUCAAGUGCGAGCUCUUGCAGAAGACCGGCUCCUUCAAGAUCCGCGGUGCCCUGAACGCGGUGAGCAGCCUCGUGGAGCAAAGGCAGCGCACGGGCCGGGAGCUGCCCCGCGCUGUGGUGACACACAGCAGCGGCAACCACGGGCAGGCACUCGCCUGUGCUGCUCGGGCAGAAGGUAUUCCUGCCUACAUCGUGGUGCCCCGGACUGCCCCACAGUGUAAGCAAGAUGCCAUUCGUGCCUACGGUGCCACACUGGUGCCAUGUGACCCCACUGACAAGUCCAGAGCCGAGACAGCAUCCACUGUAGUCCAGGAGACAGGAGGAGUCCUAGUGCACCCCAACCAGGAGCUGACAGUGAUUGCAGGGCAAGGCACCAUUGCCCUGGAAGUGCUGGAGCAGGUGAGGGAAAUGCAGGGGCACAGCAAAAAGGGGGACACGAAGUGUCAGAAGCCCUCACACUUCCUUUCUGCACAGGCACCCCAGGUAAAUGCAGUGGUGGUUCCCGUUGGAGGUGGAGGAAUGGUUGCAGGAAUAGCAGUUGCCAUCAAGGCUUUGAGGCCAGAUGUGAAGGUGUUUGCUGCUGAGCCAAGCAACGUGGAUGACUGUUACCAGUCCAAGGUCCGAGGGGAGCUGACCCCCAACCUCCACCCGCGGGACACCAUCGCAGACGCAGUAAAAACCAGCAUCGGACCCAACACGUGGCCCAUCAUCAGGGAUUUGGUUGAUGAUGUCCUGACAGUCUCAGAGGAAGAAAUCAAGCGAGCCACGUGGCUGGUGUGGGAAAGGAUGAAGCUGCUGAUUGAGCCAACGGCAGGCGUGGGACUGGCGGCCGUGCUCUCGGAGCAGUUCCAGGCAGUCCCCUGGGACGUGCAGAACGUUUGCAUCGUGCUGUGCGGGGGAAAUGUGGACCUGAGAUCCCUGACCUGGCUCACAGACCUCUCUGGGAAAGCAGAAUGAGGAUGGAGCGGUGUUUCAAGGAAUGAAAACUUCACUCUGAAUUUGUGCAGCGGUUUGCGCGCAACUAAAAGCAGAUCAAGUCCAAACA